AGCGGAUUCCGGUUCGGUGCGCUCCGGUCCACUCCGGUCGAUGCUGGCACAGCUUGUGCCAGCUGGCAAGGAGAACUUAUCUUGGGGCUCCUCUCCAUGCCUCCGAGUCCUAGCUGAGUCCUCUCCAUGCGUGCAGCAUUUUACAACGAGGCAGCCUUUUACGAGUCAAUUGCGCCUCAUUGCUUCCUGAAAUCUUUUGGUGUACUCCUUUGAGCCGGUUUGAGGUCUGCAGAGAAGGUCGGCAGAGGCGAUCACGCUCCGUAAACUUGGAAGUGUGCGGCAAAGACGCGGAGGUUUCGCUCUUUCACACGGAGACAAUGAGCGAUUAUCAGCCCUUUUUGGAGCGCCGGCAACGGGACGAUGGCAAUCUUUGUUGUCAAGUGCUCUUGGCAAUUAUUUGCCCUCCAAUUGGAGUCUACUUGAGGUACGGAUGUGGCAUUGAAUUCUGGAUAUGCAUACUACUGAGCAUCCUUGGUUAUGUACCAGGGAUCAUUUACUCCGUCUAUAUCCUGACUGUAAAUAACUACUAGGUUGCAGCUUGGCCAUCUCAUCUCCAUCUGAUCUUCUGCUCGGCGUGGUUACUUGAAGAACCAUCAAAGUGGCUGCGGCUACUGGUCAACCAAGUGGUUUCAUCCUUUCUGGCUGGUGGAAAUAAGACUAGUAUAAGUUAUAGCUGUAAGUCAGUCUCUCCUGCCUGCUGCCAGGGCCCCUCUCCUUGGUCUUGUACAUAUCCUUGCGGCAGGCCGCCUUGCACACCUGUCGAUAUAGUGCACCAGAGUCUACAAUAAACUCCUACGCAAAGUGGAAGUUCCUGACUGAUUUUGUAUAUGUAUCGCUUUUGUUAAGGUAUCUUAUGUUUAGGGAUUGAUGGCCGGGGCGUGUGGUACGUGUAUGGGUCGAUAACAUACACGUUUAUAUGACCGGCGGACUGCCUAAUGAUAGUGUCUGGAGACAAUCCGGGGUUGACCGUGCCCGUCUGAACAAUCAUUCCGCACUGAGCGCGCGUCCUUCAU